AUGCGCUCCUAUGGACGAAUACUGAUUUUGGCGACAAUUAUCAUGAUUUCCGUCAUUUUUAUGAGUUUUUUCGACGGAAAACAUCGAAUCAGAACUGUCAGAUCUUAUUUUCCUAUGGAGAAAAAGAAGAAAAUUGGUGAAAAGUGAGUUUUGAGAUAAUAGACGCCCUUGGAAAAAAAAAAUGUAGAGAAACCUUUAUAAAAUGGCAUGAAAUCGAAGUAUGAACUAAUUUUUGAGAAAUGGCCCAGAAGUGAUCACAAAUGGGAAAAAUAUUCGAAAAAUCUUAACUUGGUUUUUAAAGGAUCAUGAACGAGCUUCUUCAUGGGCAAAGUCAGUAGGGUGAAAAAAGGCUAGGAAUGUUCCUUGUAGGGUGAUGAAGGCUCUUUUGCUGCCUUUUUUGCGCCUGUUUCUCGGUCUUUAUGCCCCAUUUUUGCUGCCUCUCUCUUUCUCCACCAUUUCUCGAGCUUUUAAAAUCACAGAAAAAUGGAAGGCUCAAUUAAGGGGGCUCACUUUGCUGCCUUUUUGCGGUAUUUUUUUGAGCCUCUCCCUUUUAGCGGCCAUUAUCCACCAUUUCGACUUUGUUCGAGCUUGAAGGUCUCAAUGCGAAAGGCCGUUUCAGACUUUUCGAUUUUUUAGAUUCCAAAAUCUUUUAAAAACUAGAUAUAGUCGUUCUUUCCGGUAAUUUUGAAGCGUUGUGUGCGAUGCGGCUUUUGGCCGGGAAACUCUAGUUCGAAUUUAUCUAUAUGAAAAAAAUUAGAAAAAAAGGGUUUUUUUCAUUAUAUUUAUACUCAAUCCGUUCAAAUAAAUCUUAUCAAACUUAUAAAAAAUAUACGAUUCAUUGAAAAAACUGUCGAAAAAGUAGAAAAAAAGGCGGCUUAUUUUUGACCUUGAGCUUCCCGCCAAAGGCCUCGUCGCACACGCGACGCUUCACUUCUGAUAAUCUAUCCAUAUCGUUUUUUAAAUUCGGGAAGGAUUGACUAUAAAAACAAAUUCAGGGUUGAUUUUGCAUAAUCUCUGAUAAUGAUUGAAAAAAACCAGAAAAAAAGUAGGUUUUUCGUCUGCAGUUAGAAACAGGUAGUUGGUUUAUCAAACUCUUAUUAUGCUUUUUUUUAUUUUUAUUUUUUUAUUUUUUUAUUACAAUUUAUAUAAAACUAAUUUAUACUUUUUUUACUCUCAAUUUUCAACCUUCCCCAGAGUUCCGAUAGCCCCCGGGGCUGUCAUUAAGCCAAGCGGCAAGUGGAUCGUCGUCACCAGCGUCAAUCCUCCGACCAAUGACGUCAUCGUGAGUUGAUGACGUCAUGCGUCGCGUACGCGCCGCGGCUCCAAUCCUUUUUCAUUCAGAGACUCGCCUCUUUCCGAGAAUGGAACUUGGUAGUCGUCGGGGACACGAAAACCCCAAAAAAUUGGCAUCUAGACGGAGUUCACUUUUUAGAUGUCGAUUUCCAGAAAUCGCUUGGUUUUGGGGUUGGUUUUUGAAAGGAUUUUUGAAUAUCAUUUUUUUUUUCUCGAGCAAGCCAUUUUUUCAGAUCCUCGAUGUAAUUCCAUACAAAAGUUAUACUAGGAAGAAUAUUGGAUAUUUAUACGCGAUAGCCCACGGCGCCGAGUGGAUUUACGACACGGAUGAUGAUAAUAAGCCUUAUGGUAUUUUUAACUUUGAUUUUUUUUUUUCGGCUUUUUCAAGGGCAAAGUUUAAAAGGCCUUUUAAGGAUCUUAAAACGAAAAAAGGUCUCUUUUAAGUCCCAAAAAAGGUUCAAAAAAGUUCCUCCUGGACUUUCCAAAAACAAAAUAUUUCAUCGGCUUAUUUCUCCUUUUCCGGAACCUAUUAUGACUUUUUUUUCCUUAUAUCAUUUUUUUAUUUUCUCAAAAGGAACUUUCCGAUAAUAAAAUAUAAAAAAAGGCGCAAAGCCAUUUUGAAAGUUCUCUUUUAAAUACUAUUAGAAUUGGCCCGUGUUAUAGCGUUUUUUUUCGAUGUCCUUGAGCGGAAGUCAUUUCUAGUCGGUCGCGUUUUGAAGUUACAAAAAAAAACUCUCCUAGUAGUGAAGAUAUUUGGCGGAUUUGAAAGGCUAUUCUUGAAAAAUAUUAAUUGGAUGUAUUGGAAAUUUGAUCAAAAAUCUUUUAUGGCAGAUUUUUCAGGAAAAGGCUUGGAUCAGUUUGACUACACUCCUACGGUAUCUGGACUACGGUAUCAAGUUGAUAAUCGUUCCGUUGAUUCCAGGUUUUUUUCUUUUCUAACUUCAUUGAAUCAAUAUUUGAAAAAAAUUGACGUCCGAGAAAAAAAACUCAAAAUUUUAGAGACAUUUUGUUCAAUCCAUACCGGUUUUUCGGAGUACAUAGCAUGUGGCCAAGAGGUUUCCCGCUCGAAUAUUUGAAUGUAAGCUAAGUCUUAAAAAUAACCAAAAAAUGGGAAGAUUUUCCCGAUUCAAAUUGGAAAAAGGAUCAAAAUUAAGGAAAAUGUGAACUUAUUUGAAAUUUAUGAGUUGCGAUUUUUUCGAUUUUUGCUAGUCCAUUAUUCUGAAUGUUCGAAUUUUUAACCGAUAAACGAUCGACCAUUUUUUCUUGAGCAAUCAAAAAAACAUUUGUCAGUUUUAUUUUUUUGGAACUAGGCGUUUAUUUAAAAUUUUCGAUAAUUUGAUUUUUAAAUUUCCGUCCCAAAAAAAGUUCAAUAAAAGCCUUAAUUCGUUCGAGCAUUGGGUUCUGUGAACUCUACUGAAUAGUUCAACUCCAGGACCACACGAAUGGAAAAGACCGGAUUAGAUUGUGCAGAAGAAUGGGCCUUCCUGCCGUCCAACAGGGCCUCGUCCACAAAGAUCCCGACGUCGACGCCAUCUACCGUCUUCUCCACGCCGAUGACGUCACCGGGCUCGACGAACGCUUCAAUAAAUUCGCCCCGACUGUCGUUCUGGCGCCAGGUACUUUUUUGAAUGAAGGAACUCUUCAUAUGUUUUGAGAAGGUCGAAAUAGCAUCCACAGAUGUCUUUGUUGAAUUCUUCCGGGUUCAAAAAGUUUUUUUAACACUUUUUUUCAUUUUUUUCCUUUAAAGCAACCAAAAAAAGUUUUUUUGGGGAUAUUCGGAAAAGUUCUGUUGAAAUCCUCUGUGUUGCUGUGAUUUUCCAAGGAAUCUGUUUGUUAGUCGUAGUUUUUCAAACUCCAGUGUUAAUUAUGAUUUUCAGAAAAAGGGCCGUAAGGAGCAUUUCUUAAUCUUAAUCAUCCUAUUUUUUUCUCUAUAAAAGGAAAAAAAUUGAUCAUAAAAUUAAUCAUAGCAAUAACUAUCUCAGGAACCUACGCCCCAUGGAACUCUCAGAACACCUUGUUCCACCGAAAAGCUUUCCUCACCUUGUUCUUGCCGGUCACAGUGGCUUUCAGGUGACUUUAUCAAACACUCGACGUUUUUGAAACUUUAAGUAAAAGUUUCAGCCUGUGAAGAAAGUUCAAAGUUUUAUGAAUUCUAGAUUUCUAGAAUUGUUUUCAUUUUUGAAAAAAAGUAUAGUCUGUGUGCCAAGACUUGAAACUUCACGGAACGACAUUCCGCUGUUCCGCUGCGUGCGUUCGCGAAGCGUCUUUCGAAUCUAGGUUAUUUUUAUUGCUGGGGGAGUACAUGAAAGUAGAGUACCUUAAAAAAAAAAAGUGAAAAGCGCGACCAAGGUUCGCGCUUUUAACUUUUUUUUGGGCGCGCAGUAGCACAGCGGAAUGUCGUUUGGUGAAAUCCCAAGUCGUGGUACACAGACUAUAAAACGCCUCAGGCUAGCUCACAAGGAAGAUUUUUGAUAAAGAUACCAUUAAAUAAUUCCUAACAAAAUUCUCGUCACCCCUUUAUGCUUUUCUUUCCACGAUGAAGAGAAAAGCUCAUUUUUCUCGAAUUUCUAGUAAUCUGCUGGUUGCUGUGCCGUCAUUUCGAUCAUUUUUAUUUGAUUAGAAAAAAAGCAAGGCGUUAGAUUAUUUUGGAUUCAAAAAAUCAACUUGACUCAUUUCCUGGGAGAAUUUGAUAAAGGAUUUUUAGAGCAACCGACAUCUGGAGGUCCUACUUUUCCCAAGCCUUGCUCCAUCUAACAGGAGAUUCCGUAUCCUUCGUCCCAGUUAACGCGAUUCAGAUCAGAAACGCCCAUAAUUAUCUCGACGAUUUCAAUGAUGAAAAGUGGGAUGAUUUUUCUCCAGUCUCUCCAAACGCGUUGCGUGCCGCGUCGCGGCCAUUUCCAGGCAGGUUUAUAGUCAAUCUGGAGAAAUCGUCCGUUUCCUUCGCGAUUGGAAUUGUUCAAAACCUACGAUUGAGGGUUGUUUGGUGGAGUUGGCAGAGGAGUUUCUGUGAGUUUAUGACGUCAUUAAAAAUAUGAUGACGUCAUUUAGAAGACAUAAGUUUUGGGGCGAAGAAGAUGCGACAUUGGCGCGACUUUGGGCCGUGGAUUUGAAAAAUUUAAAGUGAGUUGGCCAGGAAGUAUUAAAAUAAGUUUGAAGAGAAGAACAUGAGUUUUCAAAAAGAGGAUGUUUUAUGAUGCUAUUCUGGCAGCCGUUAUCUAAAAGUUAUAGUCUGAAAUAUUUCCAAGCCGAUUCAAAAUUACAUUAUUUUUCUGAUUUUCUCGGCAAGGUUCAAAAAGAGUAUGCGAAGCGGUCGCGAGGCGGUUUGGCGUGAUUUCAAAUUUUUGAGAUCAUUAUCACGUUUCCUGCUGAUAAAAUUGAAUAACCUUUAUCAAGAACUUAUAAAAAAAUUUUUGGCGUUUUUAUAAAUACGCAUAAAUGAAUUUUUUCCAAGAAAUAAUUUUAAAAACGCGAUGCUUUUGUGAAAGCGCCAAAAAGGCUUUUGCAUGCUUUUUUUAUAGCCUGUUCUUGACGUCAUUCAAAAACGCUCUAGAGUUGGCUCGCUCUCUGAUUGGUUUAUCCCCCAGUAGGGGCGGAGCUUGAAUGACUUGACCUUAAAAUCUGAACAGACUAUACUAAUGCCGCAUCCUGUCGUUUCAAUUUAAAAAAAAUUAGUAAUAUUUCGAUUUCUGUGCUACUUUGAACUCCUCUUUGAGGAUUUCGUGUAAUCGCGUUGUUUCGAAUCCAAUAAGCUUAAAAAUAAGUUUAUGGAGCAGGCGAAAUUUUAUCAUAUUUUAUUUAUGAUUUUCCAGUUACACCUAUCCAGUGAUUCAAUCCAGCAACUCGAGCGAUUAUGGACUCCGAAAAACGGAAGAAAACAGUGAAGAAGUCAAUUGCCGACCGAUGAACUUGGAUUUGAAAGUUGACACGCCAGUGAAUAAUAAAAUACCGGUAAGAUUCUGAAAAAAAGCUUUAGAGACAAAGAAAUAAUUGAACUUGGACCUGAAAGCUAUCAAAAGAUAGUAUUUGGAAGAAGAAGUGAUUGGGAAUGUUCUACUUCUAGCUUCCGAGUUUUGAGAGUCCCUAACUUCGUUCCACAGAUUUUUUGCGCAACUUUUGAGGCUAGAUUUGGAAGCAGCGUAAAAACUACGUGUAGUAAACUUGGUAGCUUUCAAAGUUCAUACUGUGUUUGAGACAUUUUCCUGGUAGAAGUGGAUAUUUCGUGUAGAUAAACUUCGAAAACGGAAAAAUGCCUAAUUUCCAGUGAAAAUAAACUACUUCGGUAUGAAAAAAACAGUUAAAAAUAUGCAAAAGAAAGAUAGCCCAUAGAAAAAGCAAUUUGUCAUUGGCUUUCGUUUAAAAUAAUGUUUUUUUUUAUUUGGACCACUGAGAGAGAAUUUCGUUUUUUGGUUACUUUUUCUACCGUAACCAUAAAAGGGGCGGAGCUAGUCAAGACCAUAUGAUCAUUAUGUUGAUUUGUUUCCAGGCUAAAGAACGAGCCAUCACGAAGCUUGAAAAUAUGGCUCAACUCGAUUCCUGGUGUGAUCUUGACUAUGGAAGUGAGAAAUUCUUUCAAACAUUUUUGAAUAUUUGCGUUUUUUUUUUAGAUGAAUCCCUGACGGUGACGCCUUUAAGACUAGCUGAACUGCAUUCAAAGUCGGAAGUUCUGAGGAGGAACUUGGAAAAUGUUGGAAUUUUACAAAAAUUACAAUGAUUUCAAUGAUUUUUUGAGAAGAAAAUCGUGGUAGUUGAAAUUUUUUGCAAUCAUUUUCCAAAAAAAAAGAAGAGAUUUCUAACCCUAGGAACGCCAGAGUAGUCCCUAUAGGGGUUAGGAGGAAAAUAGUCCCUGUAGGGGACGAAAAAGUGGUCCCUUAAGGGGUAAAAUUUAGGUGGUCCCUUUAGGGGUUUAUGGUGUGAGCCCCUGAAACUUUAGUGGUUCCUAGAGACUUUAAAGUUUUUUUAUUAUUAUUUUAAAGGAAAUUCGUGCCCUUUGUAUAAUCCACUAACUGAAACCUCAAUGGAGGCUACUUUUGCAAGCUUAGUGGUCCCUAUAGGGGAAGUUAAAGUGAGUUCCAGAGGGACCCUUGAACGGUCUAUAAGACAGCCCCUAUAGGGACCAAUUUGAGAUCCCUAAGAUUGAGUUACGAUUUUCAGAAAAAAAACGGUAAAUUUCACGAAGAAACUGUGCUUAAUCUCAUUUUUCGAUUUUUCUGAAGAAUCUCUCUUGUUUCUCAUAGUUUUUAUGAUACACCAAUAAUAAAAAAAUGGCGAUUUUUUUCUUUAAAUUCAAUCAAUCAGGCAUGAGUUUUUUUCAUAAAUCAGUUUAGGUACUGAUUAUUACGAGCGAAAAGCCAUCAACUGCGAAAUUGGGACUUUUACAAAGGCUUUAUGAACCUUACUUUGCUGUUACCAUCUUUUGCGGGGAUUGGAACGAUAAAAAGAAUCGGGUGAUUUUCCAUUUUUUUAUGUGCUUUUCAGAGUUUUUAAUUGUUAGAAGGAAAUAAAAAAAGAGAAAAAAAGUCAAUUUUUUAAAGUUUUUUUCAAGUUCUUGAACAGAAAUGCCAGAAUGUUGAGGAGUUUCAAAGGUUUUUAAAAAUCCUUUUUUGAAUCACAGAAUUUUUUUUGAUGCUCAAAGUUUUGAGUCCAGAAAAUUUCUGCAGUUUUCAAGCUCAUGCUUAUGCCCUUUUAAAAAAAAAUAAUUAUUUUCUAGUUUAUUUUUCUACGCUCUUAAUUCCAAUCAGAAAAUGUACUUCAUUUUCUUUUCAAUUAUAUGAAUUUCAAUUUUUCAGGCAUUUUACCUACCGCAAAAUCGCCUUUAAAUUACGUUUAUCUGUCCGAAUCGGAAAAUAAGGACGGAUUUCUGAGUUAUUAUUGUUUGAAUGAAGUCAAAGAGAUGAAUCUUCAAAACGUUCAAGGUACUUUUUUCCUCUCGAAAAAUGUUGCUUAUCCAAUUUUUAGGCUAUUUUUUGAUACGUGACGACGUGAUUUUCAAUUUUUGGCAUGCGAUCGAUUUUUCAAAAGCUUUGUAUAUUAAGGAGAACUUUACAAAGAAUGAUUAUGGGGAAAAAUUUGGCGAGAAGAUGGGUCUGUUUUUUUAUUUUCUUUUUUUUUAAAUGUUUUUUUUUUUGUUUUCUUUUUUGUUUCAUUUUCUGGUUUUCUUUUUAUUAGAAUAAUUUUCAGUUUUAAUUUUUUCAGGGGCUGGCGCUGUACAAAGAAUCAACAAGAAAAUGAGUUCGAGUUUGGAUGGAAAGUUGAAAAAAACGUGGAAUAAAUAUGUGGAUCAGGUAGACUUCCUCAAAAAAAGGGAGAGUUUAAAAAAACGAAAAAAAUAUUAUUUUUUUGAAAAAAAUUUUUGGCUCUUGUAUAUCUUAAUUUUUAUUAUUUUUCUAAAAACUCUGCAAUUUUUAGUACCGGUUUUUCAAUAAGUUUGGGGAAAUCUUCAUCAUUUUUCAAAAGUUUUUAAAUGAGGUUCUCGGAAUAAAAAAAUAGACUGGAAAUCUUUUUGAAGAUAUUCAAAAUGAUUUUUUUAUGAGUUUAUACAUUUUUUUGACAUUUUUCUUGCGAUUCAAAACCAAAAAGCUCAGAGUUGAAUGAAUCUUUUGAUAGGAAAUUUUUUUAUUCAUUUCGAGGCAGGUACAUAAAUUUUUAAUAAAUUUAAAAAAAUACUUUCUUAGAAUUUUCUCUUGAUAUUUAAGCAACAAAUUGAGUUUUUUUAAAAGAAAAAGAAAAAUGGAAAUUAAUCUUUUAGUUGACGAAAAAAAUGAAAGCGACUCCCAAGCGGACUUUAUCCUUGGCAAGGACGAUUCGAUCUCCAGAAAAUCUUGGUCUACAAGGGAUUUGUACGUUUUCUUUUCAAGUUUUUGGUGCUUUUAGAUUUUUUUUUUUUUGAGACUUCACGGGAUUUUUAGUCUUACGAACUUUUUUUCUCUGCUUUUUUCUCGGAAUUUUCUUGAUUUUAGUCGAACUGUCAAACUGGUCAGAAGUACGAAAAUAUCUCGGAUCCCAGUUUUUAUAUUCAUUUUUUGUUGCUGAGAACUCACGUUCAACUUUUUAUUUCAUUCCAGAAACAACUUUCAGCUUUUAUCUCCCUUCUCAAAACCUGGAUUGGUACGCGGAACUCAUCGAAAUAUUCCACAGCGAACGAUUUUUUCAACAAUUUGCGUUGGAGCGCUUCGUGAGAACUGUCGAGUAUGAAAGGUACGGCGAAAAAGUUCAAAUUUGGAACUUUUCGGUUUUUGAGCUGAGAAUAGGUGAAAUUUCACAGGCUUUUUAGGAUUUUCUGUUGUGAUUUUUGAAGGAAUUUAUAGUUUUCAGUACUGGAAAUAGCAGAAAAAAAAAAAAACGUUUUUGAAAAAAGGUUUCUUUGAGCUUUUCUUUGGAAAAACUAGUUGCAAAAAAUAGGAUAUAUAGUCAGUUUUCGUAUUGGUUGAAAAUAAUAGGUUUUUUUAUGAUAAAAAUCUCAAAAAAAGAAUAAAUAGAGGAAAAAAAAUUUCGAAAAUUUUUAUGUUGAACAAUGCUAUUCUUUCCAGAAAACCUAUCGAAAUUACCUGGACCAAUGGAAAAUCUUGGGAAAACUACAAUGAAUCGACUAUUGGAUACUUUCCUCUGAACUUCGAGCAGCUUCAAGAUGAGAAUUCCAGGAAAGAGUGA